AUAGAGGACUUGAAACAGAAAGCAAGCGAAUAUGAAUCAGAAGCCAAGCAUCUUCAAGACCUUCUUAUGGAGAGUGUGAAUUUUUCUCCUGCCAAUUUGUCUGGCACUGGUUCUAGGUAUCUGAAUGCUUUGGUUGACAGUGCAGUGGCCCUUGAAACAAAGGAUACCUCACUAGCAAGCUUUAUCCCUGCAGUAAAUGAUUUGACCUCUGAUCUUUCUCGUACCAAAUCAAAAAAUGAAGAAAUCAAGCUUGAAUUGGGAAAACUUGAAAAAAAUCUAACUGCAACUUUAGUAUUAGAAAAAUGUCUACAAGAUGAUCUCAAGAAGGCAGAGCUGCAUCUGUCUACUGAAAGGGCCAAAGUCGACAGUCGUCUUCAGAACAUGGACUUCCUAAAAGCAAAGUCAGAGGAGUUCAGACUUGGAAUCAAAGCUGCAGAGGAACAGCUUUCAGCUAGAGGCAUGGAUGGUUCUCUAUCUCAUCAGUCCCUAGUAGCACUAUCAGAGAAACUGGCAGAACUAAAACAACAGACUGUACCUUUGAAGAAAAAAUUGGAGUCCUAUUUAGAUUUAAUGCCGAAUCCAUCUCUUGCUCAAGUGAAAAUUGAAGAAGCAAAGAGAGAAUUGGAUAUCAUUGAAGCUGAACUUACAAGGAAAGUAGACAUGAUGGAACUCUGACUAGAACCAAAUAAACAUCCUUUUCCUAACAAAGUAAAUUGAACAGGACUUUAAUUUUUUUUUUUUUUUUACUCUUGGCAUUCUUUAAUAACAUAAUUUCUAUGCUCUUAGAAGAGAUAAUAAUGUUUUUAUUGGUAAAAUAAUGGUUUCUGGUUAUGCAUUACAUUUUUGUGCCCAAAUACGGUUUUUCUAAGAAAAAGCAUUUUCUGUUA